GGCCAUGGGCGACCCCCGGAUCCAGCAGUUCUCCCGGCCCCGGCCGGUCCUGCUCCUCCUGCUCCUCCUGCUGCUGGUCCUGCUGCCGACCUCCCCCGGACUCCCGGCCGGCCCGCCCGGUAACAAUGCGGCCAUCUGUCUGCUGCCCAUGGAUGACGGUCCCUGCCGGGCCUACCUGCCCAGCUACUACUACGACCGGUACACGCAGACCUGUCUCCCCUUCAUCUACGGAGGCUGCAAGGGCAACUCCAACAACUUUGAAACCCUGAAGGCCUGCCAGGCGACCUGUGGGCGGCUAGCCAAAGUGCCCAAAGUCUGCCGGAUGGAUACCAGAUCAGACACCUGUAAGGGGAAAGUGGAGAAAUAUUUCUUCAACAUGAGCUCCAUGGCGUGUGAGAAGUUCUCGUUCGGGGAGUGUCCAGUGGGUCCGAACCAAUUCUCCAACAAGGCCUCAUGUGUGAAAUUCUGCUCCCCCAAGUCAAACAUGCCCAAGUUCUGCUCCAGUCCCCUGGAUAGGGGCUCCUGCUCCGCCCACGUGACCCGGUAUUACUUCAACAUCAAAAGCGGGACCUGCGAGGAGUUCAGUUACUCGGGAUGCGGAGGAAAUCACAACAACUUCAUCAGCCAGAAGGACUGCACCAAGACCUGCUCUCAAGCCAAGAGGAAAGGUCUGCGCAACCAUCCCGGAACCGUCUUCGUGGGUCACAGACUCAAGCCAAAGCCCAGGACACAACCAUAACGUCGGCCUGCUAAGCCUGGGGACCCAGGCGGCUCAACAUCAUUUCACCGAGUCCCCUUGCUCUCUGCGCUCUCCCCCUCCACCUGUCCCCUCCCCUCCACCAGACCCCGUUCUCCACCCUGGGCACCCUGGGCACCCUGGGACCUGGGGCCUUCACGGGUCGUCAGAAGGUGCCGCUUCUCACCCAGGCCCGGCUUCAGCGCCAGCCUGUCCGAUCACACAGCUGAUGCAAUCCUGACCAUUUGGACUGUCCGCCAGUCACUCCGUGCUAUGUACUGAGCAUCUAUUGCGUGCUGACCGCAUUGGAGUAUAGUAGAAGUAGUAGACCAUCUCUGCCCUCAAGGAGCUCACAGUCUACUGUGUUCAGUGCAAUGGACUGAGCAUUUUGGAGAGUCCAAAGAGUUGGAGAGCACUUUUGCUAAGCAUUUGGGAAAGCAUUUAUGCUGUAAGCUUAUUGUGGGCAGGGAAUGGGUCUGUCGUGGUAUUUGUACU